ACCUAGGGCACCGUCGAGCACACGGUCCGGGAAGCUCCAAUGAAACGGAACAAACCGCGAGAUUAGGGGCGGUAGGAGGCCCACCCUACGCCUGCCCCCGCGGAGCACAAGCCCCGCCUGCGUCCCGAACUCCCGGGUCCGCAAAGCUGGGCCCCACAGAGCUCCAACGCCGGAACCAAGGAGCACGGAAUGCCGGGAACAAGCUCCUCCCGUGCGCGAUGACGACGAGGCCGCGGCGCGAAGGGUGGGACCGCAGGAGCCGUGCAGCCGCGGACCAAUGAGCGGGCGCCGGACGACCUGUGGCCCAAUGGCGGCGGCGCGCGGGCACGCUGGGGGCCGGCCAGACGGGCCGACUUUUCCAGAAGACCCGGAUAGUUCCUCCCGGCCACGCCGCGCCGGCUCUGGGCACUCAGCAUCGUUUCCUUUUCCUCCGCUGGAGCAGCUAUGGCGGCGGUGAAGACCCUGAACCCCAAGGCCGAGGUGGCCCGAGCGCAGGCGGCGCUGGCGGUCAACAUCAGCGCGGCGCGGGGUCUGCAGGACGUGCUAAGGACCAACCUGGGGCCCAAGGGCACCAUGAAGAUGCUCGUUUCUGGCGCUGGAGACAUCAAACUUACUAAAGACGGCAAUGUGCUGCUUCACGAAAUGCAAAUUCAACACCCAACAGCUUCCUUAAUAGCAAAGGUAGCAACAGCCCAGGAUGAUAUAACUGGUGAUGGUACGACUUCUAAUGUCCUAAUCAUUGGAGAGCUGCUGAAACAGGCGGAUCUCUACAUUUCUGAAGGCCUUCAUCCCAGAAUAAUCACUGAAGGAUUUGAAGCUGCAAAGGAAAAGGCCCUUCAGUUUUUGGAAGAAGUCAAAGUAAGCAGAGAGAUGGACAGGGAAACACUUAUAGAUGUGGCCAGAACAUCUCUUCGUACUAAAGUUCAUGCUGAACUUGCAGAUGUCUUAACAGAGGCUGUAGUGGACUCCAUUUUGGCCAUUAAAAAGCAAGAUGAACCUAUUGAUCUCUUCAUGAUUGAGAUCAUGGAGAUGAAACAUAAAUCUGAAACUGAUACAAGCUUAAUCAGAGGGCUUGUUUUGGACCACGGAGCACGGCAUCCUGAUAUGAAGAAAAGGGUGGAGGAUGCAUACAUCCUCACUUGUAACGUGUCAUUAGAGUAUGAAAAAACAGAAGUGAAUUCUGGCUUUUUUUACAAGAGUGCAGAAGAGAGAGAAAAACUCGUGAAAGCUGAAAGAAAAUUCAUUGAAGAUAGAGUUAAAAAAAUAAUAGAACUGAAAAGGAAAGUCUGUGGCGAUUCAGAUAAAGGAUUUGUUGUUAUUAAUCAAAAGGGAAUUGACCCCUUUUCCUUAGAUGCUCUUUCAAAAGAAGGCAUAGUCGCUCUGCGCAGAGCUAAAAGGAGAAAUAUGGAGAGGCUGACUCUUGCUUGUGGUGGGGUAGCCCUGAAUUCUUUUGACGACCUAAGUCCUGACUGCUUGGGACAUGCAGGACUUGUAUAUGAGUAUACAUUGGGAGAAGAGAAGUUUACCUUUAUUGAGAAAUGUAACAACCCUCGUUCUGUCACAUUAUUGAUCAAAGGACCAAAUAAGCACACACUCACUCAGAUCAAAGAUGCAGUGAGGGAUGGCUUGAGGGCUGUCAAAAAUGCUAUUGAUGAUGGCUGUGUGGUUCCAGGUGCUGGUGCCGUGGAAGUGGCAAUGGCAGAAGCCCUGAUUAAACAUAAGCCCAGUGUAAAGGGCAGGGCACAGCUUGGAGUCCAAGCAUUUGCUGAUGCAUUGCUCAUUAUUCCCAAGGUUCUUGCUCAGAACUCUGGUUUUGACCUUCAGGAAACAUUAGUUAAAAUUCAAGCAGAACAUUCAGAAUCAGGUCAGCUUGUGGGUGUGGACCUGAACACAGGUGAGCCAAUGGUAGCAGCAGAAGUAGGUGUAUGGGAUAACUAUUGUGUAAAGAAACAGCUUCUUCACUCCUGCACUGUGAUUGCCACCAACAUUCUCUUGGUUGAUGAGAUCAUGCGAGCUGGAAUGUCUUCUCUGAAAGGUUGAAUUGAAGCUUCCUCUGUAUCUGAAUCUUGAAGACUGCAAAGUGAUCCUGAGGAAUACAGCUGUGGAAUUUUUGUCCAAGCUUCAAAUAAUUUUGAAAGAAAUUUUCCCAUAUGAAAAAAGGAGAGAACACUGGCAUCUGUUGAAAUUUGGAAGUUCUGAAAUUAUAGUAUUUUUAAAAAUUGCACUGAAGUGUAUACACAUAAAGCAGGUCUUUUAUCCAGUGAACAGGAUGUUUUGCUUUAGCAGCAGUGACAUAAAAUUCCAUGUUAGAUAAGCAUAUGUUACUUACCUUGUUAUUAAAUAUUUCUUGAAAAGCAAA